AUGGAGAUAAAUAAAAAUCCUAUAGACUUAACUUUCUAAAAUGUCACAGUAACUGUUAAAACAAAGCAAGGAAAAAAAUAAUUGCUUUCAGAUGUUUCAGGUAUUUGUAAGUCUUCAUAAAUCACUGCUAUUUUAGGUUCUUCUGGAGCUGGAAAAACUACACUGCUAAAUGUGUUAACAGAUAGGAUAGAAAACUCUAAGGCAAUUUCUGUUCGUGGGAAAAUAUAAGCUAACUAAACUGAAAUUACAUACAGAAAAUUUUCAGAUUUUGGUACUUAUGUUAUGUAAGACGAUAUUCUUUUAGAGACUAUGACUGUAAAAGAAUGCUUAUAAUUUGCAGCUAAUCUUAAGACACCAGGCAAUUAACUUGAAAAAGACAAAGUAGUAUAAGAAACCAUAAAGAUUUUAAAAUUAGAAAGAUGUUAAAAUACAUUAAUAGGAGGUUAAUUUGUUAAAAAAGGAAUUUCUGGAGGAGAAAGGAAAAGGACAUCUAUUGGUUUUGAGCUUGUGACAAAUCCUUCUGUAAUAAUUUUGGAUGAGCCAACAUCAGGGUUAGAUAGCUUCACAGCAUAUUUGUUGAUAGCUGAACUAAAAAGAUAUGCCAUUAAUAGACAAAAGACUAUUGUAUUUACUAUUCACAGCCCUUCUUCAGAUAUAUGGUAGAUGUUUGAUAGAAUAAUGCUUCUUGUAGAAGGAUAAUUCAUUUACUAAGGAAAAAGUAAUGAGGCCAUUUUAAAUUACUUCUCAAACUAAGGAUUUAAUUGUCCGAGAAUGUAAAAUCCAGCUGAUUAUUUCAUGAGUCUUAUGCAUCUAAAUUAAAAAAAUGCUUAGAAUUAUCCUAUUUAUUUCUAAAAAUAUGGUUCUUUGUUAAAACUGCAAGUUGAAAAAGAAAUAGAGCAAAGAGAAAAAUCUGAAAUUUUAGCUUAUAAGUUUUAAACUCCAUUUCUAUACUAACUUUAGCAAAUAGCUAAAAGAUCAUUAAAGAAUGUUAAAAGAAAUCCUAUACUUUUUAGAGCUCGUAUAAUCCAGGCUAUUAUUAUGGGAUUAAUUGUAGGAUUAAUAUAUUUCUAAUCAGAAGAUGGAAGUAAUCAUCCGACCAGCAUCAGACACAUGAAUGAUAGGAACGGUCUUCUCUUUUUUGUUUGUAUAAAUUAAUUAAUGAUGUCGCUUAAGCCUUGCUCAGUUUCUUUUCCUUCUAUGAGGAAGGUAUUCUUAAGAGAAGAUAGUUCUAAUCUUUAUUCACCUUAUGCAUACUUUUUUGGAAGACUAGCUAUAGAGAUAAUACCUUAAAUAAUUUCACCGAUUUUAUAUGGACUAAUUUAAUUUUUUAUGGUUGGAUUGAAUGAUCGCACAGUAGGAAAUGUAUUUUUUUACUUUUUUUGCUUGAUUUUAAACAGUCUACUUGGUCUUAGUCUUGGCUAUAUAGGUGGUUCUAUCUUUUCUGAUGUAAAAACAGCUGUUUUUAUGAGCCCAUUAAUAUUUGUUCCUAAUGCUUUGUUUGGAGGAUUUUUCAAAAAUAGAAAAAAUUUAGCAAGCUGGAUUUCUUGGAUAGAAUAUUUAUUUCCUAUAAAGUAUAGUUUUAAUGCUAUAGCCGCUAACGAGUAUGAAAACACUCAUUUUAUUCCAAGCCCUACCGAAUUAUUGAAUCUAGAAUUCUCAAAAUGGGAAUGUGUUUAUAUUUUACUGGGAUUUAUAAUAGGCCUUUUAAUAAUUAGUUGCUUUUGCCUAGUUUGUAAUAGAAAGAGAUUAUAGUGA